AUGCCCAAGAAUUACUCGCGUGCCGUUGAAUUUGUUCUCCUUGGCUUCCCUGGCUCCAGAGAGCUACACAGCCUUCUUUUUGUCACCUUCUUCUGUCUCUACUUGGUGACCUUAAUGGGAAACAUGGUCAUCAUCCUGAUGGUCUGUGUUGAUAAACGGCUGCAUUCUCCCAUGUAUUUCUUCCUCGGUCACCUCUCUGUCCUAGAGAUCCUGAUCACAACUGUCAUCAUCCCCUUGAUGCUCCGGGGGCUGAUGCUUCCUGGAAUGCAGGUGAUAUCUCUGGCUGCAUGCAGCGCCCAGCUCUACCUGUACCUUUCUUUGGGUACCUGUGAGUUGACGUUACUAGGGGCCAUGGCCGUGGACCGCUAUGUGGCCGUCUGCAACCCUCUGAGGUACAGUGUCAUCAUGAGCAGCCACACCUGCAUCUGGGUGGUGGUCGUGUCCUGGCUGUUUGGGUUCCUGUUUCAGAUCUGGCCCGUCUAUGCCACCUUCCAGCUGACAUUCUGCAAAUCCAACAUCUUGGACCAUUUCUUCUGUGACCGAGGACAGCUGCUCAAGCAGUCCUGCAAUGACACUCGUCUGGCAGAGUUUGUUCUCUUUCUGAUGGCUGUUUUCAUUAUCGUUGGUUCUCUAGUGCCUACCAUUUUCUCCUAUAGCUACAUCAUCUCUACCAUCCUCAAGAUCCCCACAGCCUCGGGCCGGGGGAAAGCCUUCUCCACCUGUGCCUCCCACUUCACCUGUGUGGUCAUCAGCUAUGGCACCUGCUUGUUUCUCUACGUCAGGCCUAAGCAGACGCAGGCAGCCGAGUACAAUCGAAAAGCAUCAGUGAUGGUUUCUGUGGUGACUCCUUUUCUGCUCCCUUUUAUCUUAACCCUGCGGAAUGAAAAAAUCAUGGAGGCUUUUAGAGAUGUCCUGAGACGCUGCCUGAGACUCCUUAAAGACUAG